AGGAGUUUUCGACUCGCAGCCGAGAAAAUAAUUUCACCUUCAACACAAUGAGUCGAGUUUCAUCCGGGAGAAGAGAAACACUUGUCCGGGAAUUAAACGGACUAGAAUGGCUUCACCAUUAUGGCAGACCUACCGUUUACUUGGCAGUACAAGGAUUUCGAAGUUGAUAAUCCUUUUGCUGAUUGCUAUGCUUCUACUCUUCAGUAUGGAUGAUGGAUCAUUCAGAAAAAGAAUUGCCAUGUCUUACGCGGGAAGAACACAAGAUCCCGGAAUUGCGGAGGAAAACGACCUUUCAAAAGAGAGGGAACUUGCCAAGGAAAACGAUCUUACAGAGGGAAAUGACCUUACAGAUGAGGAUAGACUUGCAGAUAAGAACAAUGUUGCAGAGGAAAAAGAACUUGAGCACCCGUUGGCUUGCAAUAUCCCCGCAUUGCAAACUUAUUCACAGUUCUUGAGUGCCAUAAAAACUCUCGAGACACACUGCAACCACCCAAAAAAGUUCGGAGGGCCGCCAAAGGGAAAGCCGGACGCAAGGAAAAUCAUUUGCAUGGACGAAAGGUUCAGGAUCGAACCCGAAAACUGCACUGUGUUUUCCUUCGGGAUCAACCGGGAUUUCAGCUUCGAAGACGGCAUGGGACGCUACGGCUGCCAGGUGUUUGCAUACGACCCCACAAUGGGCGUGGAAGAUCACCAGCGUUCGGAAAAAGUGAGAUUCAUCGCUACUGGAAUUUCGAAUUAUAAUGGAACGAAAUUAGUUGGUAUGUCGAAGUCCUGGUCUAUGCAGAAGGUGGACAGGUUCGAGAACCUGGUGAAGGCCGUCGGCAUGGAAGGGAGAACCAUCGACGUCGUGAAGCUGGACGUGGAGUUGGCGGAGAUAGAUUUCCUGCAGGACAUGCUGUUCAACUCUCGCCAUGUGCUCAAGAACAUCAAGCAGAUAGCCAUGGAGAUUCAUUCGGAUUUAUACAAAAAAGACGUCAGUCAGCUGUCAUCCCAUCAGGUCUUCUGGCCUUACCUCAACCUGAUGAGAUGCGCUGGAUUCAAGCUCAUCACAACGAGGUCCGGAGGGAAGUGGAGAGAGGUGGUCUGGGCGCAAGAGAAGCUGUGGUGAUUUUCCUCCGCGAAGCCGGGUGUGCGAGAGAGGCCAAGAUGCCUUGGUUCGGCGAUAAAACUUAAAACUUUAGAUUUCCAUCCAUAAGAACCUAUUGUGCGUAGGUGUCACAUGCUAAGAUUUAUGUGAAAGGUUGAAGUUGAGUUUUAGCUUUUCAUGUUUUAUAUGGUUACAUUAAAGAUUGUUAAUCAAAAUUCUACGUGGUGUGAUGUAAAUAAAGUCUUGAAACAGAAA